CUGUCCAUUUCCAUCUCUCCCUCUCCGCGGCCGCGUCCCCAACUCGGAAGAGCCACGGCUAUGUCUGACUCAGUCGCUCUGUGAACUGCCUCGGUGUCUCGCCUUCUUCCAAUCGAGUUUCUUUAUAUUUCGCUUUCCGUUGAAAUCCAUCCAUUCACUUCCCCAAUCCCCAAAAAACCCAUAUACCCUUUCCUUCUUCCUCCCUCCACUCACUCAUAAAUAUCCCUCUCCGCUCUUAUCCCAAUCUUCCCUCCUUCAUUCCCAGAUCCCCCGCUCCCUUUGUCUCCCCAUGUCAGCUCCUUCUACUACCGCUCCCCACUAGCUUACAAACCCAUAAACCUCCCAUGGCGGUUCCAGCUGUCAGACCCCAAUUCCUCUGCCUCCUCCUCUUCCUCGCCAUCACCGCCGUUCACUCCCGAUUCCUCUCCUCCUCCAUUUCCAACCCGUCUUCCGAUCUGGUCUCUGAUGGCAUUCACGACGGCAUCCAGAACCGUACGAACUCUUACUAUCAUCUCCUCCUCAACUCGUCGGAGGAGCCGGAGACCGAGUCGUGCGAGCAAUCCUAUGGCUUCAUGCCCUGCACGACCACAGCCCUAGGAAACAUGUUCUUGAUUAUCGUCUAUGGCUACCUCAUGUUCCUCGCCGCAACUUACUUGUCCAGCGGCAGUGAGCUCUUGCUCGAGAUUCUGGGGCCUGGGAUCGUCGGGGGUCUCUUCCUCCCUGCUCUCGGCGCGCUCCCUGAUGCUAUGCUCAUCAUGGUGUCCGGGCUUUCGGGGAGUGUUGAGACUGCUCAGAGUCAAGUCUCCGUUGGGAUGGGGUUGCUGGCUGGGUCGACUGUCAUGCUGCUUACUUUGAUCUGGGGGACUUGCAUUCUUGUUGGCAAAUGUGAUAUCAGGGAGACGGAUUCUAUCGCUAUUGAUGGCCAGGACACCAAAGGGAUGCACUUAACUAGUAGUGGUGUCAGUACUGAUAUCUGGACUUGCUAUGCUGCCAGGAUAAUGGCUAUAUCUGUUAUUCCAUUCGUUAUCGUUCAGUUCCCGCAAAUGAUUCAUUCAACUGCUGGAAGGCAGGUGGCUGUCUUGAUUGGACUUGCUGUAUCUGUUUCGAUGUUCAUUUCGUAUUGUCUCUACCAGGUCUUUCAACCUUGGGUUCAGAGAAGAAGGCUGGCUUUUGCAAAGCACAAACAUGUGAUAUCUGGGAUUUUGAAGCAUUUGAAACAACGCUCCCUGGGAAGGCUUUUGGACGAUGAUGGUGAACCUGACAGAGAAGUCAUAAGAAAGUUGUUCGGAACAGUUGAUGUAGAUAAAGAUAAUUAUGUCUCGGCAUCCGAACUGAAAGCAUUGAUCAUAGGAAUUACUUUCGACGAGAUCAAUUUCGAUAGGGAUGAUGCUGUGGCUAAAGUAAUGAGCGACUUUGAUUCAUCACUUGAUGCGAGGAUCGACGAGAAUGAGUUUGUUCAUGGGGUAACCAAGUGGCUUAAUGAGGCAAAACGAGGAGCUGGAUCUAUUACUGCUCCUGAUGCUGGUCCUAGGACAAUGAAGUUCAUAAACGAUUAUCACUUGCAAACAAAGAAAGAGCAUACAUUGCUGGGAGCAGGGGAAGAAACCGAGCAGAGUGAUGAGGUCAUUGAAGAAGUGGAGAAUCCAAGGUGGAUCUCUUUUAAGGCGGUGUUGAUGUUGAUGUUGGGGACAGCUAUUGCAGCUGCCUUUGCUGAUCCGCUGGUGGAUGCUGUUGACAAUUUUUCUGCCGCAACGAGUAUCCCCACCUUCUUCAUCUCAUUCAUUGCUCUGCCUCUGGCCACCAAUUCCAGCGAAGCAGUUUCAGCUAUCAUAUUUGCCACCCGUAAGAAGUUCAGAACUGCCUCUUUGACAUUCUCCGAGGUAUGUAUCUCUGCAACCCCACGUUUCUUUUCUUUAUAUGGCGCGGUGACCAUGAAUAACGUCCUCUGCCUGUCGGUGUUCUUGGCAAUUGUUUACAUCAGAGGAUUGGUUUGGGACUUCUCAUCCGAGGUGUUGGUCAUUCUCAUCGUGUGUCUUGUGAUGGGCGCCUUCGCUAGCUUCCGCACCACAUUCCCUCUUUGGACAGCUUCGAUUGCCUUCCUGCUCUACCCAUUCUCACUGGCACUGGUCUAUGUUCUUGAUUAUGUCUUCGGUUGGUCGUAGAGUCCGCUGGAGGCGAAAUGGAUCACUGACUGAAAGCUACUUAUGGAUAGUUUGGUUCUGCCUCUUUGAGUUGGAUGUUAUUAUGUAAACUUGAAAAGACAGACGUUUAUGGGUCUUUGAGGUACAUUAUGUUGUGUCGGAGAUGUGAUAUAUAUGAGACGCUUGUAGUCGCAUUACUCGCUGUGAUUUUGGGGCAGAUUAAGCUACAUAUGUAUGGACUUUUAGUGUAUGAACUUAUGUGUUUACCUAAAGACUAUUGAUUAUCUGGAGAAUAAUGUAUGUUCAUGUAUAGAGAAGAUCCACAUUGCGACCGAGCGCCCUAAAAAUUUAGCGAAAUGAUUACGAAUUGCGAGUUGCAAACAA